UGGCUUUACUGAUCAAACAUCUACAGAUCUUCUGGUUUCUGUCUUUAAUGAAGACCAGAAGACAUCAGUGAAUCUGCUGGACUGUGGGAUAGAAGUGAAACAAGAAGACACAGAAGCAGAUGAAGGUUAUUUGAUUUAUUCAGAUCAGAAAGUGGUAAAGGUGGAAAUUUCACAACUCAAUGAAAUGGAGGAGAAACCUCAUCAUUUGAUACCCAAGGAAGAAUCUCUGAGCUGCUUGAUAACUGGCAACAAGGCAACAGCCAAAGAUGCUCUUAUUUGCCCUCAGUGCGGAAAGACCUUCACUAAUAAAUGUCAACUUAAUCGGCACAUGCAAAUUCACACUGGAAAAGAGCCUUACAGAUGUGAUCAGUGUGGAAAAACCUUCAAUCGCAAGCCUGACCUGAAUAGGCACAUGAGAAUUCACAGUGGAGAAAAGCCUUACAGAUGUGAUCAGUGUGGAAAUAGCUUUAUUCGUAAGUCCCAUCUCAACCGGCACAUGGGAAUUCACACUGGAGAGAAGCCUUACAGAUGUGAUCAGUGUGGACAGAGCUUCAUUCGUAAGUGUAAUCUCAACAGGCACAUGAAAAUUCACACUGGAGAAAAGCCUUAUAGAUGUGAUCAAUGCGGAAAAACCUUCAAUCGCAAGCCUGACCUGAAUAAGCACAUGAGAAUUCACACAGGAGAAAAGCCUUACAGAUGUGAUCAGUGUGGACAGAGCUUUAUUCGUAAGUCCCAUCUCAACCGGCACAUGGGAAUUCACACUGGAGAAAAGCCUUAUAGAUGUGAUCAAUGCGGAAAAACCUUCAAUCGCAAGCCUGACCUGAAUAGGCACAUGAGAAUUCACAGUGGAGAAAAGCCUUACAGAUGUGAUCAGUGUGGAAAUAGCUUUAUUCGUAAGUCCCAUCUCAACCGGCACAUGGGAAUUCACACUGGAGAGAAGCCUUACAGAUGUGAUCAGUGUGGACAGAGCUUCAUUCGUAAGUGUAAUCUCAACAGGCACAUGAAAAUUCACACUGGAGAAAAGCCUUAUAGAUGUGAUCAAUGCGGAAAAACCUUCAAUCGCAAGCCUGACCUGAAUAAGCACAUGAGAAUUCACACUGGAGAGAAGCCUUACAGAUGUGAUCAGUGUGGACAGAGCUUCAUUCGUAAGUGUAAUCUCAACAGGCACAUGAAAAUUCACACUGGAGAAAAGCCUUAUAGAUGUGAUCAAUGCGGAAAAACCUUCAAUCGCAAGCCUGACCUGAAUAAGCACAUGAGAAUUCACACAGGAGAAAAGCCUUACACAUGUGAUCAGUGUGGACAGAGCUUCAUUCGUCAGUCCCAUCUAAACAGGCACAUGGGAAUUCACAGUGGAGAAAAGCCUUACAGAUGUGAUCAGUGCGGAAAAACCUUCAAUCGCAAGCCUGACCUGAAUAGGCACAUGAGAAUUCACACUGGAGAAAAGCCUUACAGAUGUGAUCAGUGUGGAAAUAGCUUUAUUCGUAAGUCCCAUCUCAACCGGCACAUGGGAAUUCACAGUGGAAAAAAGCCUUACAGAUGUGAUCAGUGUGGACAGAGCUUCAUUCGUAAGUGUAAUCUCAACAGGCACAUGAAAAUCCACACUGGAGAAAAGCCUUAUAGAUGUGAUCAAUGCGGAAAAACCUUCAAUCGCAAGCCUGACCUGAAUAAGCACAUGAGAAUUCACACUGGAGAAAAGCCUUACACAUGUGAUCAGUGUGGAAAGAGUUUUAAAAAUAAAUGUCACCUCAAUGACCACACAAGAGCCCACACUGGAGAAAAACCUUACAGAUGUGAUCAGUGUGGAAAAACCUUCAAUCGCAAGCCUGACCUGAAUAAGCACGUAAGAAUCCACACUGGAGAAAAGCCUUACAGAUGUGAUCAGUGCGGAAAAACCUUCAAUCACAAGCCUGACCUGAAUAGGCACAUGAGAAUUCACACUGGAGAAAAGCCUUACAGAUGUGAUCAGUGUGGACAGAGCUUCAUUCGUAAGUUCCAUCUAAACAGGCACAUGCGUAUUCACACUGGAGAAAAACCUUACACAUGUGAUCAGUGUGGAAAGAGCUUCAUUCGUAAGUGUGAUCUCAACAGGCACAUGAAAAUUCACACUGGAGAAAAGUCUUACAGAUGUGAUCAGUGUGAAAAGAGCUUCAUUCGUAAGUCCCAUUUCAAGAGCCACAUGAGAGUUCAUACUGGAGAAACGCCUUACAUAUGUGAUCAGUGUGGAAAGAGCUUCAUUCGUAAGUUCCAUUUCAAGAGGCACAUGAGUAUUCACACUGGAGAAAAACCUUACAGAUGUGAUCAGUGUGGAAAGAACUUCUUUCGUAAGUGUGAUCUCAACAGGCACAUGAGUAUUCACACUGGAGAAAAACCUAACAGAUGUGAUCAGUGUGGAAAUAGCUUCUUUCGUAAGUGUGAUCUCAACAGGCACAUGAGUAUUCACACUGGAGAAAAACAUUACAGAUGUGAUCAGUGUGGAAAGAGCUUCAUUCGGAAUUUCCAUUUCAGGAGGCACAUGAGAAUUCACACUGGAGAAAAGCCUUACAGAUGUGAUCAGUGUGGAAAGAGCUUCAUUCGUAUGUACCAUCUCACCAGGCACAUGCAAAUUCACACUGGAGAAAAACCUUACAGAUGUGAUCAGUGUGGAAAGAACUUCAUUCGUAAGUCUGACCUUAAUGGGCACAUGAGAAUCCACACAGUAGAAAAGCUUUACACAUGUGAUCAGUGUGGAAAGAGUUUUAAGAAUAAAUGGCACCUUAAUGAGCACACAAGAACCCACACUGGAGAAAAACCCUACAGCUGUGAUCAGUGUGGAAAAACCUUCACUCGCAAGCCUGACCUUAAUAAGCACAUGAAAAUUCAUACUGGAGAAAAGCCUUACAGAUGUGAUAAGUGUGGAAAGCGCUUCAGGGGUACGUGGAACCUUAAUCAGCACAUGCAAAUUCACACUAGAGAAAAGCCUUACAGAUGUGAUCAGUGUGGAAAGAGUUUUAAAAAUAAUUGCCGCCUUUAUGAGCACAUAAGAAUUCACACUGGAGAAAAACCUUACAGAUGUGAUCAGUGUGGAAAGACCUUCAGCAGUAAAUGGAACCUUAAACACCACAUGCCAAUUCACACUGGAGAAAAACUUCAUAGCUGUGAUCAGUGUGAAAAAACCUUCAAUCGUAAGUCCCUUCUCAAACGGCACAUGAGAGUCCACACUGGAGAAAAGCCUUACAGAUGUGAUCAUUGUGGAAAGACCUUUAUUCGUAAUUUUGAUCUCAAAAGGCACAUGAGAAUUCACACUGAAGAAAGUCCUUAAAAAAACCUUACUAUGCUGAUUUUCACAUUUAAAGAGUUCAGAAGCAAAGCCACUAAUCAGCACCUUCAUCAAUUAUGAGAUAAUGAAAACAACCAGAUGUUCUUGGCUGGUAUUAAACGUUCAUCAAAUACUUCUGCUUCAAAUUGGCUCAAGCCCAACGUCAGACCAUUCAGAAAUACCGGUUUGUUGGCAGAAUCUAUUAAAGAGCACCUAUUGUCCAAUUCAAGUUUUUACAUUUCCUUUCAUGUGUAAUUGUGUAUCAGUACAUGUUAACGAUAUGCAAAAGGUACAAACCCCAAAGUAAACGAUGACGCAAGUUAUCGUUUCCAACAUAAAUCUCUUUUCUUGGACUACAACAAAGAAACGGAAACAGUUUACUUCCUGGGAUUGGUGAUGUAGUAAAGACCGACAUUAUCAUAAUACCUCCUGCUUUGGCCUGUAAGUUAACUCCUGUUAGCAUUGCGACCUAAUCUUUCAAAUAUGGUAAAGAGCAUCACAUUUCCGGCUGACUUCAGAGGUAUUCAGGCCAAUCACAAUGUAAAGAUUAGUUGGCCAAAGCUGGUUUUGUACCAAAUCAGUCCGUUUCAGGAAGAGAGUGAAAUCUUGAGCAGCAAAAAUGUACGGUAUGUGGAAAAUAACAUGUUUUUUAAACCACGCGAAUGCAUUGUAUUUUACCAAGUACACAAAAUAACAGUGUUUUUAUCAAUGAAAUAGGUGUUCUUCAUUGGUGUUGUGUACUUAAAAGAUGUGAUUAACCCUUAACGUAUACUGACAGGAAGUGAAACUCAAUAUGCUUCCAACAUUUUUGGGUUAAAGUGAUUCGGCAGUCCAGUAGCUUUUUGCUGUUACUGUGGCAUUAUCAACUGCUUUGUUUAAAUGUACAAUAAAGCUGAAAUCCAACCAGAA